GCUGGACAGCAGCACAGUAUUCACGCUACCGUAUUUUAGACUCGUACGUGUAGCUUAAAGUAGAAAAAAUCGUUUUAAUUAUGUAAAGCAAUUAUUUAAAUACCUUUCUUUUCGGUUUAUAAACGUGAAAAAUGUUGACUUUCGGCCGUACUUCGAGGAUAAACUGUACAUCACCAAUCUGCCAAAUGUCGCCAUGUUAGUCGUGACGUAUCGAAAGGCAUUGUGGGCUUGCUAAUUAGAGUGCAGUGAAUUUUUAUCAAAAUCGACCUUCAUGGCUGUCAAGAAAGCCUUGUUUUUGGAAGAAAUUUUAAGAGUUUUCCUAUGCGGUUGACGUACGAUUUUGUUACGUGAGUGGGGAGUUGGGUUUGCUGAAGAGUAUUGUGUGAGUUGUGGGUCAGACGACGCCAAUGUUCACUGGAACCGUAAGGGUACAAAUAUGCGAGGCUUGCGGGUUGAGACCUACCGAUUUUCAAAAGCGGCAUAAUAUGACGUUUGGGAAACCAGAUGAUCAGCCAACAAUAGAUCCUUAUGUGUCGAUAGAUGUGGAUGAAAGCCAUUUGAGUCGCUCGACAACGAAAUGCAAGACUUUCGAUCCGGUGUGGAACGAAUGGUUCGAGCACGACGUGCAGGGCGCCGUCAGCCUAGGGCUGACGGUUUUCCACGAUGCUGCAAUCCCACCGGACGAUUUUGUGGCAAAUUGCAGUAUUCCUUUUGAAGAACUGCUUCAGAGGAAUCGAGAUUCAACAGACUUCUGGGUGGACUUGGAACCUCAAGGACGACUGCAUAUUAAAGUUGAUUUGAAAUGGAAGACUCAAACAGAAAAGCCUCGGGAGUUCAAAGAACGACAAGGCUUCAAUCGCCGACGUGGUGCAAUGCGCAGACGUGUCCAUCAAGUAAAUGGACACAAAUUUAUGGCAACUUUUCUUCGGCAGCCCACUUUCUGUUCACACUGUCGGGAUUUUAUAUGGGGCAUAGGAAAGCAAGGCUAUCAGUGUCAAGUGUGCACCUGUGUUGUACACAAACGUUGUCAUAAGUCAGUUGUCACAAAGUGUCCUGGUAUGCGAGAUCCCAAUCCCUAUGAGACAACAGGAACGCAAGGACAACGCUUCAGUGUGAACAUCCCUCACAGAUUUAUGGUACACAACUACAAGCGAUUCACAUUCUGUGAUCAUUGUGGUUCCCUCCUCUAUGGCCUUAUUCGGCAAGGCUUGCAGUGUGAAGUAUGCAACAUGAACAUUCAUAAAAGGUGUCAAAAGAAUGUUGCGAACAACUGUGGCAUCGACACAAAACAAAUGGCAGAAAUUUUGGCUGCCAUGGGCAUCACUACUGACAAGCUGACACCUCCAAGGCCAAAGACUGGUAGUUCAUGCAACAUGAGUAUGAGUUCAACAUCUGAGAAGAGCCUGUCUACAACUAACACAACCACAGCAAGCUCCAGGAGUGAUGAUGAUGCAUACAGCAGUGGAGGAGGCAGCAACCAGCAACAAGAGGAAUCAGAAGACAAAAAAGAUGGAGACUUAGGUGAUCAAGCUACUGACAGUUCUGGAGGCAAUGAGUCAACACGAAGUGGUCCACGAAAAUUAGGACUGGAUGAUUUUCACUUUAUAAAAGUGCUUGGAAAAGGUAGCUUUGGUAAAGUGAUGCUGGCAGAGAGAAAGGGCUGUCCUGAUGAAGUGUAUGCUGUCAAGGUGCUCAAGAAAGACGUCAUCAUUCAGGAUGAUGAUGUUGAUUGUACAAUGACUGAAAAACGUAUCCUAGCUCUUGCAGCAAAACAUCCAUUUCUCACUGCUCUGCACUCCUGUUUUCAGACUAAGGAUCGACUGUUCUUUGUGAUGGAGUAUGUUAAUGGUGGAGAUCUGAUGUUCCAAAUUCAGCGGGCCCGAAAAUUCGAUGAACCACGUGCGCGAUUUUAUGCAGCUGAGGUUACACUGGCUCUACAGUUUCUACAUGAAAAUGGUGUUGUCUACAGGGAUCUGAAGUUAGACAACAUCCUUCUUGACCAUGAAGGUCAUUGCAAGCUUGCUGAUUUUGGAAUGUGCAAAGAAAAUAUUAAAGAUGGUGCAACCACAACAACAUUUUGUGGGACACCAGAUUAUAUAGCUCCAGAGAUUCUGCAAGAACUUGAUUAUGGACCCAGUGUGGACUGGUGGGCUCUUGGUGUUUUGAUGUAUGAAAUGAUGGCGGGGCAGCCACCAUUUGAAGCAGAUAAUGAAGAUGAUCUUUUUGAGUCAAUUCUGCAUGAUGAUGUUUUAUAUCCCGUGUGGCUCAGCAAAGAAGCAGUUUCGAUAUUAAAGGGAUUCAUGACCAAGAAUCCUGCCAAACGGUUGGGGUGUGUGGUUGCGCAAGGCACAGAAGCUGCUAUUCGCGUUCAUCCCUUUUUCCGUGACAUGGACUGGGAAGCACUUGAAGCACGGAGAGUGAAGCCACCCUUUAAACCAAAGAUAAAAAGCAAAAAGGAUGCACUCAACUUUGAUGCUGAGUUCACGAAGGAGGAGCCUGUCUUAACUCCAGUAAACCCUGAUGUACUACGUGCCAUUAACCAAGAUGAAUUCCACGGCUUCUCCUUCGUCAAUCCGGACUUCAACCCUGGUCGAUUCCAGGUUGCUGCCUAGAUAGCCGUGUGUUUGUUUUCCAACUGAAAAUGAGGCAAAAUGUUUACCACAGUUCAGUUCCCAUGGCAACAAGAUAGCUGCCUAAUGUUGUUCCUGUGGGAACUCAACAUGGCUACUGCCUAAAUCUAGACAAUUAUGUAUAAAUAUAAAGAAAUGUAUACUUAUUUUUUUCUGUCUCCAGAAGUUGCCUAGUUGCUGUUCCCAUGGUAACAAAAUGACUGCCUUUUAGGAAACUAACUUUUAGCAUUGCUGCCCUGUUUCUCUCAUCCUAACCUCAGCAUAGUGAUAUCAGUGUCAGUUGUAGUUAAAGUCUUGGAUUUUUGAAUAUUACAACAUAAUGAUAAGAAUAUUCUGUAAUUGUAAGUACGAUAGGGGCAGUUACAUGACAAAUCAACAGGUCCUCUUUCCUGUUGUGCUCAUUACUGCCAUACGCUUUUAUGUGAAAGUAAAUGCAGUAACUGCUACUUUGUUGAACUUGAGAGACAUUUCUGUUGAUGCACCUCUGAGGAUAACGUGUACUUAAAGGUGGCUGGGAUGAGCAUAAGGCUUAUCCGUGGUCAACACUCUUUGCACUUACAGGUAUAAAAAUAUAUAGUCUACAUUGUAUAAAUAAUGAGCAAAGCUCAAUUCGCUUUUCCAAAGCACGGUUCUAUGCUUCCACUAUUGGUGAGGCCUACUGUCACCCGAAUGGUGACGCGAUGUGUUAGGUGUGCACAGAUUUACGGGUGUUCCUUGUUGUUUAUUGUGGCAGUUUGCACAAGCAUUUAUUUGGAAUAAAAUAGAUGAAAGCAAAAUAUUCAGUGUUAUAAAGUAACAUCUUACUAUAAAUAAUACAUAUACUAUUAAUAUAAAUGUAUAAAGAAAAAUUUUUAGAUGUUUGUACUAAAUACAUAUGUAUGUAUGUAUGUAUGUAUGUAAACAUUUUUGAAGGAUACAUCGUACAUUUUUAAACCGGUAAAGUGAUACUAGACCAUAAAUUGUAAGAUAUUUGUUGUACAGUAUGACCUGAUAUUUAUCAAAUUCAUGCACACUUUCACUGAUAUUUCCUUCAUAAAUCAGAGGAAUGCACAAACGGUGAGACACAAAGAGGAGACAGAACACUUAUUGUGGCAGCAACCACAUGAAGGGAUUUGUAAUCCCUUACCUAGUCAUAAUCCAUCGUAACUGGUGGUACACUUGUACAAAGUUAUGGGAGUCGAAUUUCCUGCAGAAUACUAAUCAGGUUCCUGCUGUUGAGAGCAGGUGCUUUUGGCCUACAAUUCAUAAUAAACAAUACCAACCCAAGUCCAGUUCACUGCAGAAUGUCAGUAUGCUAGCGCCAGACAGAUAUUCUGCAGUGAGACAUUUUUAACUGUGAGUUAUGACCAAAAUUUGAAGAGAGCAUAUGUUUAUGACAAAUGCUGGGUAAAUUCUUGUUAGCUUUAAAAUGUAUUAUGCUAACUGCACUGUGCUUUCACUGUGCAAGAAUGAAUGUUUGUAAAUUUGUGCUGGUAUAAAGGAAAGGAAAGAAAUCAGUAGACACUAUACUGAAUGGAUUAAUAAGUUGUAAUAAAUUGGUUCAUAAUGUCAGCUGAGCCAAUGGUCUGAUUUCCACACUUUACUUCCAAAAUAAAGCCCAGCUGCCAAAUAUGCUCCCAUGGCAAGAAAUUUUUGUGAUGGGUGUUAGUGGCUACAGUUCUUUUGUGUCAUACAGAAUUGAAACUGGAAAAAGACAUGGAAGAGUCAGUCAGCCAAGAGCUAUUCUAAUUUUUAAACCAUAGCUGUUAGUCCUCGGUGUUGUAGAGUAGCUCAACAAUUGCUCUCAUCAUUCACUGCUCAGAGCCAUUCUUCCCAUAGUGUCAUGUGUUGAGUACCCAACUCUACACAUCUACUAGCUGUUGGUGUUGUUGUGCAAUUGUUGUCAAUGUUGACUGCAUUGUGUUGACAGCUGCUUUCCCACCAGGGAAUACUUGCAAACAGGGGCUAGCAGUUCACCCAAAAGUACAGCUGAGGCUAAGUCAUUUGACCAGCUGCUCCCCUGCAUUUGCAACAACCUCCAACUAUCUGUUGUUCCAGGUGGGCUGGCAGCUUCUUUCCCCGCUCGCUUUCUAACUAGUCCUUUGCUGUGCAGUCACAAAAAACUUAAAAGCUGUGUAAAAACUGACUUUUGUAGGGAAGAAACAUUUUAUAGUUGAAGCAAACAGUACAAUAAUUAUGAUAUUUAUUUAUUUUUACAAAAAAUAAUUUUAGUUUAGAGUUACUUAAAAGUGCAUUUAGUGUGUUUGGAUUGUAGAUAAAAAAUAAUGGCACUUGUUCUGUUAUGUCAUGGAAAUUGUUCUUUCGCUUGCUCGUAAAGCUAUGUCCGUUUCUUGUUGCUGGCCAUUUGGGCAUAGCCUCGGGCAUAGGAAGAGACUGCUUAUGCACCGUAGCAUUUAGUCCACCACUUUUAGCUCUUUGCUGUUGUUCUCAAACAGUAGUGAUAGUAGUAUAUUACGUGCAAGCCAAAUUUUUAAACUGUCCCAGUUUUUUAAAGUAACGCUUAUCUGUUGUUUUUAAGGAAAAUGUAAGAGUUAUAAAAAAUGAUAUAUUGUGUGUUCUGAAACUCCAUUUUAAAAUGUUACUUUACUAUCUUGGGACUUUCAUUUCUAUUAAUGUUGUACUUAAAAAAUGUCAAAUCCUCUUGACAUAAACCUAAUGACAUUGAAGUGCAAUAUUUAAAGAUGUAAUAUCUGCUAAGCCAAAGUCCUGGUCUGCAACACUUUUCAUUGUACUUUUUUAUUACACUAUAAGAAUUUGUUUAUGAUAGUUAAGUUUUCCACAGUAUUGAGCCAAAGAUGAAGUUGAAGGUGUCUGUCAGUAACAAUAGGCAUGGGUCAAAUAGCUGCUCGACUUGCAGGCUGGUUACCCAGGGUGACUGUUCACUCUGGGCAAACAUCGAGCAGCUGUGUGUCCCAAACCCUAUUUCUCGCCAUGCUUCACUCGUCUGUGACAGUGUCAUUAACUUUGUAGAAUGAUAUUUUAUCUUAUAUAUUUAUUUUAUGUUUUAGAUGUUUUUAUAUUGCCAUUGUCAUUGAGGACAUUGCUUUGUUUGUAAUGUUCAUUUUAUUUUUACCACAUGCAUUUUUUAUGUUUAUUUAUUUACAUUUUCAUCGCUGCUUGAGUACUGUAGAAUUACAGACUGUGCCAAAAUAUUAGGAAUCAAAUUAUUGAAUCUCAUCUUCUAAUAGGGAUCUAGCAAUUGCAAUGUCCUCAGUAUUAUUAUGUACUGAUCUGUUUGUAUCCCAAAGUUGUGUCUUUCCUUUCAAUUUAUUGUUUCGCUGAUUGCGCAAUAAAUUAAUUUCAGUAAUUAUGAACAUAUUGUCUGAUGAAUGAAAGUUAAUUAGUUAUUUUGAUAACAA